UGACAGCUCCAUCGGAUUAUGUCCUACCUACUUGGACCAACCGCAGACCGCUAGAAGACUCGUGAUGAUGCCGUUGCCGAGACAAAACAGCCAUGAAAGAAGGCAAAGACACAGGUGCUCAUGGCAAGAGCAGCUGCCUAACAGUAACAGACAGUUCCAAGAAUUCGUUAUAAAUCAAUCAUGCUCCGCGCAAUGCAUGGCGUCUCCCUUCCAGCGGCGCCCGGAAGCCAUGGCGUCGCGCUCGUGCGCUCUGCUUCUCGUCCUUGCCAUGGCGACGACGUGGCUCGCCGCAGACGCCGGUGCCGGCGCCGGCCCGGUCUUCAACGUCACGGACUUCGGCGCGGUCGCGGACGGGAAGACGGACAGCUCCAGGGCGUUCCUGAGGGCGUGGAUGAGGGCGUGCGCGACGCCAGGGAGGCCCGCCGUCGUCGUCCCCAGGGGCGGGAGCUACCUCCUGCACCCCCUCGUGCUCCGCGGCCCGUGCAGGGGCUACAUGGAGGUCCGCGUCGCCGGCGUCCUCCGCGCGCCGCCCGGGCUCGGCGCCUUCCGCGGCUGCCGCGAGUGGGUCCACUUCUCUGGCGUCGACGGGCUCCUCGUCACCGGCGGCGGCACGUUCGACGGCCGCGGCGCCACCGCGUGGCCGCUCAACGAGUGCCCCAAGAAACGCGACUGCAAGCUCCUCCCCACCGUAAAUAAGCUCAGGCUGAUUUGCACGCAUUUUGGCCGUUCGAUCGGAAGAUCGACGGUCCAGAUUGAUUUGCAUGAUGAGAUAAAAAAUUUGCUGGUGCAGUCCAUCAAGCUGGGGCGGGUGACGAACGCGACGAUCACAGGGGUGACGUCGCUGGACAGCAAGUUCUUCCACGUGACGGUGGCCGGCAGCCACGGCGUGCGGAUUCACGGCGUCACCAUCCGGGCGCCGCGCGACAGCCCCAACACGGACGGCGUGCACAUCCAGGGCUCCUCCGACGUGCGCGUCACCGACUGCGCGGUGGCGACGGGCGACGACUGCGUCUCCGUCGGGCCCGGCGCCUCCGACGUGGUGGUGUCCGGCGUCACCUGCGGCCCCGGGCACGGCAUCAGCGUCGGCAGCCUCGGCAGGUACCCCGGCGAGGAGGACGUCCGGCGGCUGCGCGUCGUCAACUGCACCAUCGCCGGCACCUCCAACGGCGUGCGCAUCAAGACGUGGCGCGGCGGCUCGCGCCCCACCUCCGUGUCCGGGCUCGUCUUCGAGGACAUCGUCAUGCGGAAGGUCCGCAACCCCAUCAUCAUCGACCAGGAGUACUGCCCCUACGCCUCCUGCCGCGAAUCGGAGCAGCGGCCGUCGGCGGUGAGGAUAAGCGACGUCAAGUUCAGGAACAUCCGGGGCGUGUCGGCGACGCAGGUGGCGGUGAAGCUGUCGUGCAGCGAGGCGAGCCCGUGCCGCGGGCUGGAGCUCAGGGACAUCGACCUCCGCUACUUCAAGCGCGGGGUCUCCACCCAGUCGCAGUGCGCGCACGUCGCCGGCGGCGUGGUCGGCGGCACGCUCGUCCCUCCUUCCUGCAUAUGAAGGCUGCCGUCUGUUACAGGGCAUGCUCUAGAUCGAAGAUCUGAGGCUGAGCGAAUUUUUGCUUGAUUUAUUAGUUGUAUAUAAAAUAUUGUACCAAUCGGUAACAUAGCCAGCACACUACUGUAAAGUAAAUUCUAAUCAAGC